ACUGUUAUAAUUGUUAUUAUUAUUAUUGUCAUUAUUACUGCUACUACUACACUAUAUCGAAAUUAAGAAUCGCGGUCAAAAUUUGGAAGCCUGUGGAAAUCACACCUGCAAUUAAACCACAUUUCAAAGUUUACAACAUAAUUUUCUCCAAAAGAGAAAAUAAAGCGUUUCAACUAUGUUCCUGCUGCUAAAAUAAAAGCCAUGAACAUACUCAAAGAAAUGCCAGUGUGAACGGUGCAGACUGUUUAGUGGCAUCACACUGAAGAUGAAGCUAAACCCUUUUCUAAUCAGUCCGUCUGUUCUUUUAAUUUUUAUUUUAUUUUUGGAGAAUACAGAGACAAUAAGUCGCCAAACUCUUGUAGAUUGACGUAAAUCUUGGCGAGAAAUGCACGUAGAGUGCACACAGAGCAUCCGAUCAGUAGUGCAAAUUGAUGCAAGUUACAUUAUCAUUGGCUCAAAUAGAGAAAAUAAAGAAAACAAAGACAGAUUUGAGCUUUUCGGAUAUUACAGGUAAUUUUCGUCAUAAUUAAAUGUUUCCUGCAGCUCAGUUUCACACUCUCACUGAGUGAAUCCAGUACUGCCAACCGAGGGCACCGAGUCCAUAUUCACUGAGUGAAGUUUCAGUUUAAAAUAAACCCUCAUUUAUGCCACACAGCUUUCUCCUCAGCAGGAAUUUGGAGACGAUUUAAUGCAACAAAAGGGGAUAAAUGUGGAUGCGUAAAAGUGACACCUGCGCUGAAGGGGAAGAAGAAAAUAUUAGGCCUGCUAUGCUAUCGAAAAAAUGUUUCGGGGCCUUGUCUCUGUGCUGGCUAUAAUUUAGAGGACAAUAAACCAACACGUCACAUUUAAUAUGUCACACUUAUGAUUUUUGAGGCUCUGGUGACAGAUUGUAUUUAUGCGUCUAAAUCGGGAGUUUAGCUCCAUUAAUUGAACAUUUAUAAUAAUUAAUCAACUGUUUCAUUUUUUUUUCUCUCUACAAAGUGCUGAGGAUUAUUCUCAUCAGACUAAAUAAAUAAAGACGGCAAAACGUAAACGUGGAGUUAAUAUAAAAGUCAAAUGCCGUGUUUGAUUUGCUGCAUCAUUUUUAGGAGCCUGGAGCACUUUAAACUGUAAUCACAGCAAACUGCAGCUCCAGUUAGAUGCCACUCGGAUUAUCUCGUUAAUUCAUCAACAGGAAAAAAAAACAAAACAUUUAUCGUAAUUAAUUCUCGGACAGGGUAAUUAUUAUUGAGCGGGUGUGUGCAACUGGUAGACGGAUCUGUUUUAAGUGUGACAGAUUGGGAUGAGGGGGUUAAAACCGUUGGAUAUUGAAGGGGAAAAAAUGCAACUAAUCAAGACGCACAGUGGGGAUAACGGGUGAGGGUCACUGAAGUUGAAGUGACAGCAAUCACGCAUUUACCAAUCAACAUCACAGAGCAGGUUUAUUUCUGAUUAAAGUACUGCAAGGACAGUCACGUGUUCAAAAGCACGUCCCUUUUUUUAUUGAAUUAAGUCCUCUCUGCGUAAAAUAAGAUCGUGUUUUUAAGUUAAAAAUAUGAAUAAUUUUCACUCUAAAUUGCCUUGAAAAUUCAUGCCAAUCUUGUAGAAGAAUUUUUUAUUUAAGGUUUCUUAAACAGGGCCCAUAAUUAGGUCUGAAAGAUGAUUAUUCUGAUUAUUAAAUAGGAUGGAUAUGUGAAUUCACAUGUUUCAGUAACAUCAGGUAAAUUUCUUCUUUCAUUUAUAGACAAAACUUUACAUUAAACUAGAGAGACAAAUACAUGAAGUAUAAAAACUGAGUAAACACUUUGGUGAAGGUUGUAUUCAUAUUUUAUCUUAAAGAGCACAUGACAGUUAAAGGUACACGUAUUUAUUUAAUUGUACAACAGGAACCAGUGACAAAAAAUUAACUUUCAAGUGACUUGUUGCAAUUAUAGCAGCCUACCAGUGUAUUGCUUUGUGUGUGUGUGUGUGUGUGUGUGUGUGUGUGUGUGUGUGGGAGGGAGUGGGGGGGCUUGUCGAGAUGAGGACAGCUGGAGAUGUGGUUGGUGCUUUUUGAAGAGCGCCGUGCGUUUUGGAGAGGGCUCAUUUCACGACAGCGGCAAUGCAAACGGACCUAAUAUCUCUUCAUCGAUGUUCUUCUCUUCUUCUCGUGUUUUGGAACAGGUGCCCGGUAUAACACGGACCACGCUGCGAAAAGAGGACACCAAGUAUACCUCGGGAGCUCCAUCCAUUUUCAAAAUUUUCUCCAACUUCAGCCCACAGACAAACAUUAGCAUGAUGUCGUAUCUAAAGCAACCACCUUACACAGUCAAUGGCUUGAGCUUAACUACUUCCGGAAUGGACCUUUUGCAUCCAUCAGUGGGCUAUCCAGCAACGCCACGGAAGCAAAGGCGAGAGAGGACUACUUUUACGCGCGCUCAGCUCGACGUUUUGGAGGCGUUGUUCGCCAAAACUCGGUAUCCGGACAUAUUCAUGCGCGAAGAGGUGGCGCUGAAAAUCAAUCUACCUGAGUCCCGUGUACAGGUCUGGUUUAAGAACCGGCGGGCAAAGUGUCGCCAGCAGCAGCAGCAGCAGCAGAACGGGGGCCAGAACAAGGUGCGACCUGCCAAAAAGAAAAGUUCCCCAACCCGAGAAGUGAGCUCAGAGAGCGGGGCCAGCGGCCAGUUCACGCCCCCCACCAGUACCACCACAGUCCCCGCCAUCUCCACCACCACCGCCCCAGUGUCCAUCUGGAGCCCGGCGUCCAUCUCUCCGCUCUCAGACCCGCUGUCUACCUCCUCCUCCUGCAUGCAGAGGUCCUAUCCCAUGACCUACACCCAGGCCUCGGGGUACAGCCAGAGCUACGCCGGCUCGACAUCCUACUUCGGCGGCAUGGACUGCGGCUCUUACCUCACUCCCAUGCACCACCAGUUGUCAGGCCCGGGCUCGACUCUCAGUCCGAUGAGCACAAACGCGGUCACAAGCCAUCUGAACCAGUCCCCGGCGUCCCUCUCCACCCAGGGCUACGGGACGUCCGGCCUGGGCUUCAACUCCACAGCAGACUGCUUGGAUUAUAAGGACCAAGCGGCGUCGUGGAAGCUGAACUUCAAUGCCGAUUGCUUGGAUUAUAAGGAUCAAACUUCCUCGUGGAAAUUUCAGGUCCUGUGA